AUGCAUCCUGGUGAGUUCCUCACACGGACGGCCCCUUUGCUUGGAGAGUUGUCGUCAAGGUCCGGUCCACGCUACUGCACUGAUGACGCUCUCGUGGAGAGGCCGAGACGACUGGUGCCUGAAGAGGCAGACAGUGGUGUGGAAGCGACUUCAAGUCCGGACUCUAAGACGGCCAGUCAGCCGGCAGGUGCAGGCCGUGGCCUUACAUCUCGUCGGCGUGAGCCUUUUGUCCCCGAG